UUUUCCAAAAGUAAUAUAAUAUUUUAAUAUCAAAAAAAUAUAUAUUAAAAUGUCGAGAGAAUCCAGUAGACGGUCCGUGGAUAUGGGCGACGUCAACCGAAGAUUGAGUAAAGGCAAAGCUAAAGCCACCUCCGACGGUUCGACCUCACGCGGACACGGUUCUCGAGGAAGCCACUCCGUCUCUUCGUUUCCUACUGUCCCAGAUCAUUUAAUCGGGGACGCUAUGACGGAUGAAGAAUUCAACCAGAUUUAUUCUGGUAGAGGAGACGCGAAUCUCCCCACUCUUGAUAGUCUAUUCGAAGAUGUUGAUGAAGCAGGACUGGAUAAUCUUGACGGGGACGAUGAGCCUACACCGCAAAGCAAAGACGUCGACGUGGAGGCAGGUGAGCCCGAGACCUCUCGAGGUCCGGACAAAGGUAAAAAAAAUAUAAAUCAGAAUUAUUUGUUUAUCAUUUUGACAAAGACACAAAAGAUGGCAUAGUUUAUGGAACUUGUAAACAUUGCGGGACCGUCAUAAAAAUGGGAGUUUCCGGCGGUUAUGGCGGUCCAGAAAAACACCUAAGGUCGAGGCAUCCCGUGGAAUACGCCAAAUACGAGGCCAAAAAAAAGGGACGACAAGAAGUGCAAACCCAAAUUUCUCGGUUUGCUAACAGAGGAACUACAAGCUUUGGGCGUAGUUUGACAAAUAUUAAAGAAGGAAUUAAAAAAAUUUGGGGGGCUCGUCUUAUUUUGAGAUCCUGGAAGAUGUUCUGUAAGUCUAAGGGUAAAAAAGAAAUAAGUUUUGCCAGAGAUAUCAACAUUAGAUGGAAUAGUACUUACAAAUUGAUUGCACAGAUCCUAAGAUAUAAAGAGGAACUUGCUGAAUUUUUUAGGGAUGAACUUCGUAUAAUCAUUAAUCCUUUUGAAUUUGUUAUUGUUGAAAAAUUGAAUGCCGUAUUAGAAGUUUUUAAUAACGCAACUCUUACUUUUUCCCAUGUUUACCAACCAACUA